UUUGACAACAAUGCAUAUACGCACGCAUGAAAGCCGAAAGGUAAAUUUUAAGCAAACGUAUAGCAGAAAUUGCAAAUGGUGGACGUAUUGGAGUGCAAAUUCAUUUAAUGCUGAUCUUUACUUGCGAUUGUGUGCGGAAAUGUUAAAUUACUACAAAGUAGUGAUCUUCAUGCCAUUCACUCACUGAAAAAAUUCAGUGUUCGAUAUUUGCUGCAUAAUUCUGUUUCUAGCCGAACCAUCAGUCUUAUUAAUAAGUAACCGGUGCAACUUAUCACUCAAAAAUGAGCGCGGAGGAAGAAGUGAUGCGAAUUCAAAAAAAGCUUAACAAAAUGACCGGUAGCGAUGGAAGUGGUCAAGAACAAGCGCUCGAUUUGCUAAAAGAAUUACAAACAUUAGAUAUUAACUUGGACGUAUUAACCAAAACACGUAUCGGAAUGACUGUAAACGCAUUACGAAAGUCGAGUACGGACGACGAGGUAAUUAGUUUGGCAAAGACUUUAAUUAAAAAUUGGAAGAAGUUCCUGUCGGGCUCGAAUAACUCCAACAAUUCCAAGGAGACGAGCACUAGUUCAAAGUCGCUCAAGAGAGACAAAGAAGAAAAGUCGAGAGAUGACAAGGAACGUGAGAAAGACAGGAAAUUACCCAGCCAAUUUCCGCCUCCCAAUUCCGGAACUACGGACGCUAUUCGACUUAAAUGCAGAGAAAUGCUCGUUGCCGCUUUAUCGAUGGAUGCGCCUGAGGAGUUUGAAGGUUGCGCUAGUCCCGAGGAUCUUGCCGAAGAGCUGGAGGAGGCCAUAUUUCAAGAGUUCAAAAACACAGACAUGCGUUACAAGAACAGAGUUCGUUCUCGCAUCGCUAAUCUGAAAGACGCGAAAAAUCCGACGUUGCGCACCAAUUUCCGCAUAGGCGCGAUAACGGCGUCGCGCCUAGCCGUCAUGACUGCCGAGGAAAUGGCGAACGACGAAGUCAAACAGUUACGCGAAAAGUUCGCCAAAGAGGCGAUUAACGACGCGCAAUUGGCGACCGUGCAAGGGACUAAAACAGAUUUACUUAAAUGCGGAAAAUGCAAAAAGCGUAAUUGUACGUACAAUCAAAUCCAAACGAGAUCUGCGGAUGAACCUAUGACUACAUUUGUACUGUGUAAUGAAUGCGGUAACAGAUGGAAGUUUUGUUAAAUGUAGGUAUAGUAAGGAACUGUCGAAAGGUGAAACAUCAGGUUUUGCGAUUGGUACAAUUUUAGAAUUUUACCGUUUAACAUUUAUUUUAUUUAAUGAGUCACUGUAAAAAGAAAUUAGCUGGCACUGUAUACAAUUAAACAUUUGUUAUU